CUGCGACUCUGCCUUUGGAUUAAUAUUGCAUUCGUUCGCCUUAGUAUUCAGUUCCAAACUUCUGUGUCAUUCCAUAACCGUCGAGUUACUUUCAGUAUGUCGGAUUUACGUGAGACCUUGAGUGCGGCGGACGCCUUCCUCUUCAAAGAAGAAGCAAUGACACCAAUCUUUUGCAAACCGAAACUGUUACCAUUGAAGACCAUCACCUUGCAGAAGCUCGACGACAUGCAAAAAGAGGCCAGAAAUCGAGCUAGAAUUGAAGAGGUAAUCAAACUGGUACCCCCUGAUCCUGUCCCAUCGACUGAGGCGAAGGCUGAUAUUUGGACCGCAGAAGACUGA